AUGGUACAAAGAUGAUUAUAUUCAACAAAUGCAAAAGAUAUUGCAGUAUUAUAUUUUAUGUUAGCUAUUUUUAGUGGUAUGGCAGGAACAGCAAUGUCUUUAAUCAUUAGAUUAGAAUUAGCUGCACCUGGUUCACAAUAUUUACAUGGUAAUUCACAAUUAUUUAAUGUUUUAGUAGUUGGUCAUGCUGUAUUAAUGAUUUUCUUCUUAGUAAUGCCUGCUUUAAUUGGAGGUUUUGGUAACUAUUUAUUACCAUUAAUAAUUGGAGCUACAGAUACAGCAUUUCCAAGAAUUAAUAACAUUGCUUUUUGAGUAUUACCUAUGGGGUUAGUAUGUUUAGUUACAUCAACUUUAGUAGAAUCAGGUGCUGGUACAGGGUGAACUGUCUAUCCACCAUUAUCAUCUAUUCAGGCACAUUCAGGACCUAGUGUAGAUUUAGCAAUUUUUGCAUUACAUUUAACAUCAAUUUCAUCAUUAUUAGGUGCUAUUAAUUUCAUUGUAACAACAUUAAAUAUGAGAACAAAUGGUAUGACAAUGCAUAAAUUACCAUUAUUUGUAUGAUCAAUUUUCAUUACAGCGUUCUUAUUAUUAUUAUCAUUACCUGUAUUAUCUGCUGGUAUUACAAUGUUAUUAUUAGAUAGAAACUUCAAUACUUCAUUCUUUGAAGUAUCAGGAGGUGGUGACCCAAUCUUAUACGAGCAUUUAUUUUGAUUCUUUGGUCAAACAGUGGCCCUUAUUAUUAUAUUAAUAAUAUAUAAUGAUAUGCAUUUUUCUAAAUGCUGGAAAUUAUUAAAAAAAUGAAUUACAAAUAUUAUAAGUCUAUUAUUUAAAGCCUUAUUUGUAAAAAUAUUCAUAUCUUAUAAUAAUCAGCAGGAUAAGAUAAUAAAUAAUCUUAUAUUAAAAAAAGAUAAUAUUAAAAGAUCCUCAGAGACUACAAGAAAAAUAUUAAAUAAUUCAAUAAAUAAAAAAUUUAAUCAAUGAUUAGCUGGAUUAAUUGAUGGUGAUGGAUAUUUUGGUAUUGUAAGUAAGAAAUAUGUAUCAUUAGAAAUUCUAGUAGCAUUAGAAGAUGAAAUAGCUUUAAAAGAAAUUCAAAAUAAAUUUGGUGGUUCUAUUAAAUUAAGAUCAGGUGUAAAAGCUAUUAGAUAUAGAUUACUUAAUAAAACUGGUAUAAUUAAAUUAAUUAAUGCAGUUAAUGGUAAUAUUAGAAAUACUAAAAGAUUAGUACAAUUUAAUAAAGUUUGUAUUUUAUUAGGUAUUGAUUUUAUUUAUCCAAUUAAAUUAACUAAAGAUAAUAGUUGAUUUGUUGGAUUUUUUGAUGCUGAUGGUACAAUUAAUUAUUCAUUUAAAAAUAAUCAUCCUCAAUUAACAAUUUCUGUAACUAAUAAAUAUUUACAAGAUGUACAAGAAUAUAAAAAUAUUUUAGGUGGUAAUAUUUAUUUUGAUAAAUCACAAAAUGGUUAUUAUAAAUGAUCCAUUCAAUCAAAAGAUAUAGUAUUAAAUUUUAUUAAUGAUUAUAUUAAAAUAAAUCCAUCAAGAACACUAAAAAUAAAUAAAUUAUAUUUAAGUAAAGAAUUUUAUAAUUUAAAAGAAUUAAAAGCUUAUAAUAAAUCUUCUGAUUCAAUACAAUAUAAAGCAUGAUUAAAUUUUGAAAAUAAAUGAAAAAAUAAAUAA